UUACUAAUUUUUUUCUAUAAAAUAAGCUUACCGAUGUGCUUCGUUCACAUAUUCCUGGCAAAGUAUCUUCUGGCUAGAAUUGCCCAAAAUGGAGGCAGCACACGGCGGCGAUGCCAUCCGCGUGGUGGCGAUGCCUUAUCCAGGGAGGGGACACAUCAACCCAAUGCUAAAUCUCAGCAACCUCAUAGCUUCUCGACAGUCCGAUAUUCUCAUCAGCUUCGUCGUCACGGAGGAGUGGCUCGGCCUCCUCGGCUCCGAGCCCAAGCUGGAUAACAUCCACUUCGCCACCAUCCCCAACGUCGUCCCCUCUGAGAUAGGUCGCGGAGCCGACUUCCCUGGGUUCUUAGAAGCUACUCUGACCAAGCUGGAAGGCCCCUUCGAGCGGCUUCUGGAUCGGCUUGAGCCGCCGAAACCGAGCGUUAUUAUUUAUGACACUUACCUGUGUUGGGUGGUCGGAGUCGGGAAUCGGAGGAAUAUUCCGGUGGCUUCGCUCUUUACGAUGACGACGUCGGUGUUCACGGUGUUCUAUCACUUCGAUCUGCUCGCUCAAAACGGCCAUUUCCCGGCCGACGUUUCAGAACGAGGAAAGGAGUUGAUAAACUACAUUCCCGGAAUUCCAUCGACACGAAUGGCAGAUCUUCCAGCAGUCUUUUACGGUGAUGCCCUUAAAGUUUUGCAUCGAGCCUUGGAAGCCAUUUCAUUGGUGCCAAAAGCACAAUAUCUUUUAUUCACUUCCAUCUACGAGCUUGAAUCCCAUAUCAUUGACACUCUUAAGGCAAAUCUUGGCAUCCCCAUAUACUCCAUCGGUCCAACAAUACCUUACUAUAGACUCGAAGAAAGUUUCUCCCUAACUACUACUGGAUACAACGACAUCAACUAUGUACAAUGGCUAGAUUCGCAACCCAAAGCUUCGGUCUUGUACAUCUCACAAGGUAGCUUUCUCUCUGUUUCAAAAGCCCAAAUGGAUGAAAUUAUUUAUGGGCUGCGUGACAGCGGUGUGAGGUUCUUGUGGGUGGCACGUGGUGAAAUUUCUCGAAUUAAAGAGGGAUGUGGUGACAAAGGGCUGCUGGUGCCUUGGUGUGACCAGUUGAAGGUGUUGUGCCAUUCUUCUGUAGGAGGGUUUUGGUCUCAUUGUGGUUGGAACUCCACCAAGGAAGGUGUAUUUGCUGGCCUUCCAUUCCUGACUUACCCGAUAUUUUGGGAUCAAAUUCCAAACUCCAAGACAAUUGUGGAAGAUUGGAAGAUCGGGUGGAAGGUGAGGAGAGGAAUGGGUGCUGAUGAACAUUUGGUGACAAGAGAAGAAAUUGCUGAACUCAUUCAGAGGUUUAUGGAUCUAGAAAGCGUUGAGGGAAAGGAAAUGAGGAGGAGAGCAAAAGAGCUUCAGGAGAUCUGUAAAAAUGCAACUUCAAAGGGCGGGUCAGUUGAAACUAACAUUGAUGCUUUUGUUCAGGACAUUUCACAAUGCUGUUACCAUUAAAUCUGCAGUUUAGCUCGUUGACUUGAUCAUUAUUAGAAGCUUCUUGGUGUACGCUUGUAAUUUCCAGAGAAACUUCAAGUUCCAAAUUAGGCCUUUUGAACAUGGUGUUGAAUUGUGCUCCUCGCUCAAAUUCACUGCCUUUCUUAAUGUAAACCAAUAAAUUUCAAUUAAUACUUCAUCCUUUACGUAUAAAACCCGAACCUUGAGCAGUAAUGAAUACUUGUUU